AUGCCAUCUACAUCCGUCUUCCUGGCUGCUAGCGCAGCAGUUGGCUGUGCUUUCGCGCGGACUGUACCUGAGUCUGCACAGGUCGUUGACCAGAAGAGCUUCAAUGUCUUGGAGACAGUCCCACCACCUUCUGGAGCCAAUGCGACAUCGCUUUUCGUUUGGCCAAGUGUGACUGCUGAUUCUCUUCUGGAGAAGCCUUUCCACAUUUAUGACGAGGAAUUCUACGACGUCAUCGGCGAGAACCCUUCGUUGACCACCAUCGCAACCUCAGAGUCGGACCCGCUCUUCCACGAGGCUGUUACGUGGUACCCUCCGACAGAGGAGGUAUUCUUCGUCCAGAACGCUGGUGCAAAGGCUGCGGGUACCGGACUGAACAAGUCUUCCAUUAUCCAAAAGAUCAGUCUUUCGGACGCCGAGAAAGUCAGGAAUGGAUCCCUGGAGGCAGCACCUGUCACUGUCGUCGACACCUCAAACCCCCAGGUCAUCAACCCUAACGGCGGUACGAACUACAAGGGCAACAUCAUCUUCGCCGGUGAAGGCCAAGGUGACAACGUGCCAUCGGCAUUAUACAUGAUGAACCCUCUGCCACCGUACAACACCACCACUCUUGUUAACAACUACUUUGGUCGUCAGUUCAACUCGCUGAACGAUUUGGUCGUUAACCCAACAAAUGGCGAUCUUUACUUCACCGACACUCUCUACGGAUACCUCCAGGAUUUCCGUCCCGUACCCGCUAUUAGAGAGCAGGUGUACCGAUACAACUUUGACACCGGUGCGCUAACCGUUGUCGCUGAUGAUUUCGGUCACCCCAACGGAAUUACCAUGUCGCCUGAUGGCAGGAAGGCUUACGUCGCCGACACUGGUAUUGCAAUGGGUUUCUACGGUUACAACUUCACCGCCCCUGCGUCGGUCUACUCGUUCGACGUCUGUGCGGAUGGUACCUUUAGCAACCGCAAGACCUUCGCCUACCUUCCCGUUGGUAUCCCUGAUGGUGUACACACCGACUCUAUGGGCCGUGUCUACACUGGUGCCGGAGAUGGUGUAUGGGUCUACAACCCUUCAGGCAAGCUCAUUGGAAAGAUCUACACUGGUACGACAGCAGCCAACUUCAAGUUUGCGGGAGAAGGACGGAUGAUCAUCACCGGUCAGACCAAGCUAUUCUACGCGACCCUGGGCGCCUCUGGAGCACCCAUUCAGUGA